UUAUGAAGCAAGAAUCAAGGGCAGCUUGUUUAUUUUGCUUGAAAUAUAAACAAGAUGGUUCAUUCUCUCUUGUUCUUACAAAAGCUUUAUACUGCAAAUAUGCGCAAUCAUAAAAUUUUUACUUCUAAAGAGACAUUAAUGAUAUUUUGGAAAACAAAAGAACUAAAUAGCGAAUUCGACAUUAUGAUAACAAUACUUAUGAUUUAGAGAAUGAAUACUUAAGAAGGUAUAUGGUAUUUCUCUAUCCCAAGAUUUUAUAAGUCUUCAGAAUCAGAUACUCGAAUUUAAUCUCUACUUGAAUACUACAAAUAUCACAUUAAUAUUCCAAGAAACUUUCAUUCGACCUUAAUUAAUUGUAGGAUGGAAAAGAUUAGAAACAUAUAAUAUCGUAAAAUCAAAAAAGAAUUGGGAGUAUAUAAUGAUGUACAACAUAGUCCAACAAAGUAAAAGGAUUCAUCAGAGGAUUGCUCCGUUGAAAAUAUGAAAUAUCUACUGAAAGACUUAAAAUUAGUGACUACCUAAGCUGAUUAUUCGAAAAUCACAAAUUCUACAUUGCUUAAAGAUCUUAUUAUUUAGAUUGGAAACUGUAAUGAGAUAGUAGAUCCAAUUGAUUUUUUAGAACCUAAAAACUAGAUUCGAAUUAAUCACUUUCCGACAAAGAGUCAAACACCAUCCAACACAAUCAAAAUGAACAUAGAAAAGUAAAUCAAAGCAAAUUAAAACCUAAAAGCACCAUUCAUCUCUCGCUAUCCAAAGUUUACUACAACAUCUAACAAGCCUCCAACUGUUAAGAUUGUCAUUUCUUAACAUUAACACAAUUCUCAAAAACCCCAACAACAAUAACCACCUAUAAAUAAAGGAUCAAUGACCACUAGAGUUAAAUCUAGAUAAGUUUCGAUGGGUAACAUUGAUCAAGCCAAAUCAGGCUUACUUACCUCUAGAAGCAAUCAAAAUCAUUAGCUACAGCAAUAAAAUGAUGGUGUAAAUGAAGGAAUCAUGGAUUUUGCAAUUAAACUCUUUUCUAAUUAAAGCACAAAAGUCCCUAGAAAAACUCCUUUUUCUUAAAAUAACAACUUCUUUGUCAAAGGAAGCAACAGUCCUCAUUUACAUUAACUUCCAAAUAAGGAUGAAUUAAAAUUAUAGUUUAGAAGCUUAAGAUCAAAAAUAAUCUCCCCAACAAGGUAAAGUAAAUCAAAUGUAGGCAGUCCUCAACAUCGUAAAAAAUAACAAUAAUGA